GGAAAAAGGCAAUGGGGAAAACACCCUACUCUGAAGAAAAUAAUUGAAACGCUGCAAAGCAAACAUUACAAACUAGUCAUCAGGCAGUAAGAAACAAAGGACAAGGAUGCCUGGAACCCAGGGCUAGUGAACUGUGAAUAGGAAACCUUUUGUCACUGACGCAGCAGUGCUGAAAAUGGAAGGAAGGAUGUCAGACAUCUGUGGCCAGCCUGGAAUGAAGUUACAGCACCAAGCUCAUUGUCCUAAGGAAAUGGAUCUCUGCUGUGGACUUCGAGGUGGAAGCUAGGCAAAUGACUGGUUGACAUCAUCAGGCUGAGCAUAGCAUUACAGCAAAUGGGGACUUGCUUGGCAAGCUAUGUGGGAAACUCCCACUAAAGCCUCAAAGUACAUUUCAUUUAGGAGAUAGAGAGGAAGCCAGCUCUCUAAGUGCACUGCUGCACCAGUCAAUCCAUCCUUUCUCUUUUGCUGACAGCCAGGCUGGUGACCAGGACUCCUUACUUUACAUGCCUAGUUCUCAGCUGGAAAUUCCCAGGGCCCAGAGAGUUUCAUUCUACUGUCUAUAGUGGUUAGUCAAGAGCUGAAAAUCUGAAGACAUGAUGGGAAGAGAAGAGAACUAAACCAGAGAAUGAUCCUUAGACUGGAAAAAGCGUGCCUCUUAUGGAGUUGAUACCCAAGAUAAGUCAGGAAACAAUGAAAGAGCACCCAGCUGUCCUUGAUGAGUUCAAAUCACUUGGCACAGCCCUGCUCAGCAAUGCAAGAGGCGUGAUGGAGGUUGAAUCCUCAUACACAGACUUCAUCUCCUGUGACAGAACGGGCCGUAGGAAUGCCGUCCCUGACAUCCAGGACGACUCGGCAGCCGUGAGCGUGAGGAAGCUGACAGGGAACAUGGAGGAGCUGGCUCUUGAAGGAACAGGGCAGGCAGAGAUAAACGCAUCAGACAAGGAAGCUGGUACCAGGCCUGAAGGGAAUGAGGGGACUGCCACAUCCUGAGAGCUGCCCCUGUCCCAUUCCCUUUGUCCAGUGGCUGAAGGAAGAAGCAAGCAGCCUGGGCUUCCCAAGAGGCAAACUUGGCAGCAUUCUCCCCAAGGACCACUUCUCUCCUUCUACAGUAACCCUUCUGGGCACAAUGAAGCCAUGUGGACCUUCUCAGACUUUCCUUUUCCUCUUGUCCACACCCCUCCACCACCACCCCCCACACAGAGGAAGCCUGUGCUCAGGGCAGGUUUGCCCUGCUAUGGGGACCUCAGACUGAGGCUAGCCUCCAGAGGUGCCUUAAAGAGCCCUACCCCAACCUAGGGAAACCCUGUGGUUUUGCCUACUGUGGACCUUCCCUUCUUCCAGGCCCAUCUAGUCUAGUGUAUUUGGUAAUUCAAAACCUUAUUUAUUUGGUUUAUACCUGUGGGGUGGGAAUGGGGAGGUAUCACCUGCUCCUUUCCUCUGGAGGACAGAUAGAAGCCAGGUCCCUUCCCACUUCCUCUUAGGGGAGACAUCAUCGCUCAUCCCUCAUACUGACCCACUUAAUCCACUUCAUUAAAUUUCCUGAGUGCCUCCUCUGAAGGAAGCAAAAAAAGAUGAAUAAAACCUGGUUGUUGACCUUAGGGAGCACCCUAUCCUCAGGGCUGCUGAUUGCCUCAUCUGUGACCCUUAGGAACAAGAGAGAGAUCCUUCCCAACCCAGCUGAAUUAAUUCCUUUUUACUCUUUUUAAACUUUGACUUUAAAUAUUAUCCACCUUGGGGGGGGGGGAGGCCGGUAAGGAGGGGAGGAAAAGACAAUGGAGAUCUGCUUUUUAUUUCCAUGGAGAGGGGGUGGUGAGGAAGCAUUGGGUGGGGGGGCGGUAUUUUAAUCUAAACUCUUUGACUUGUGUAGCUCAGAGAGAAUGAUUCCUGCCCUUUUCCCAACACAUUUUUAAGGGGAUCAUUUUAUUUCCCAAUUUUACUAAGUUGUGUCUCCUUUCUACAAAGACACGUGAUGCCUACCACUUGGAAAAUAAAUUCAGACCUUUUGUGUGAUUGAUUUUCCUUUUCUUCCUGAAAUAUUAAAUAUUAUCUUUAA